GCAAUUGGUGAAUGCCUGGAAGUGGACAUACGUACGUGCUCAGAAAUGCUUCGCCACCUGAGACCUUUGAGGAGGUUCUGUCUGGAGCAGACCCACCCCCACUGGCUCCACUACUCUCGGGCCUUGUCGGGAGCGGAGGCCGUCCACGCCCUGAGGCCUUUCUACUUUGCGGUGCACCCAGACUUCUUCGGACAGCACCCCAGAGAGAGGGAGGUCAAUGAAAAUUCUCUGAAGAGAUUAAGUGCCUACUUAGAAAACCUGCAGAGACCAGGCACCAAGGCUUUGAAACCAACUCCGCUUACAUUUUAUGUGAGAGACACAGACCAGGCGUCCUCAGACGGCCAGGAAUCCCCUAACUCUUCCGGAUUUCGAGCAGUCAAAUUUACUUUGCACACCAGAGACCUGCUAAGCACAGUAUUGUAUAUUCUCAACUCCUGCAGUUUAUCUGUGGAACAUAUCCAAAGCUUGAACACUAAUGUGCAUUCCCAGCCUCUCAGAGAAGCCAAGGGGACACCCGAUAGGCCCAUCAAAUGGAACAGGUCUUACUACGCCUUCACUGGAUUCAAGGACCCUGACCAAGAUCCCGAGCACUUCUCCAGAAAGGAAACGACCCUAACAUCCUGGUUAGAGAACAAUGGGAACAUUGCUGUUAAAAAGCUGAAGAAUAGUUUGCCUCUUAGAAGAGAACUAGGACGUUUAAAAGAUGAACUGUCUAACCUCCUGCAGCUCUCCGAUAUCAGGUGGCAGAGGAGCUGGGGCAUCGCCCACCGCUGCAGCCAGCUGCACAGCUUGGGCCGCCUGGCGCAGCAGAACCUGGAGACGCUCCAGCAAGCCCGAGGAUGCACACUCGUCUUCACGGACCGCUCCGGCAUGAGCGCGGUGGGCCACGUGAUGCUGGGGACUGUGGACGUCCACCACCACUGGACCAAGCUUUUCGAAAGGUUGCCAAGUUAUUUUGACCUCCGGAGGAAGCUGAUGCUUUUAGAAGACCGCAUAAGUGGGCUUUUGGGUGGCAUCCAAGUGGUUUAUAUCGAAGAGCUGCAGCCCGAGUUGACCAUUGAGGAGUACUACUCCCUCCUCGAUAUGUUCUGUAGCAGGCUGCAGAAAAGGCGGAUCCCUUUCCACCCUCAGAGUCUCCGUGGCUUGCAGAUGAUCCUGAGCAGUGACCGGCGUGCACCGAGCCUGCACGAACUCGGGCACUUCGACAUCCCGACACUGUGCGACCCAGGAGAGCUGCAGUGGUUUGUGCUCAGCAAAGCACAGAAAGCCCGAGAGAGCUUGAAGAGGAGAGAGCGGUUAAAGGACAUCGAAGACACACUGGUCCGAGCCUCCACACAGAAGUUCUCCCUGGAGAAGCUGUACAAGGAGCCCAGCGUCUCCAGCCGGCAGAUGGUGGCCUGCCUGGAGCGGCUGGCCACAUGCUCGCUGCCCGCCCUAAGUGGCAUGCGCCUGUGCGUGUCCCACUUCUAUUCGGUCCUGCAGGAUGGCGACCUGUGCAUCCCCUGGAAUUGGAAGGAUAGAGAGGCCGUGAAGUGACGCAGUGCUCGGCCGCUCUAGAAAAGAGAUGAGGAGGGAACAGUGUGGCUCAUUUAAAUCACAAUUUGGUAGAUUUCUAACUGCUGCCUUGGAAGACUUUUUAAAAUUAAUUUCCUAGCAGAAAGACGAGGUUUUAUCCCCUAGUCCAAAUCAUGGGUAGGCACGACGAGGAUGAUGUUAGACAGAAGCAGCGUAUUUCUGGUGCGUUGUGAGGUGGUGUUCUCCCAGAGGCUGUAUUUUAUGUCUGGGAGUGUCGGUCUGGAGCCAGCCGAGUGUGCAUAGGCAGGGCUGGCUCACACGUGGUACCCACAUGUAACACGGUUCAACAUGCAUCUUCGCGGUUGUAUGUGCACACGCAUAUUGUGUAGGCGGGAAGGACACAUGGUGUCUAAAACAUGACUGGGUAGAAGAAAUUAGACGACCAAAUUUUGCCUAAGAAAGAGUAAUGGGGAAGCACGUACCACGUCCAUUCCGCAUGUGUGGUUUAGCCAUGUCCUGAGCAGGCUGGUGCUGCCUCGUAGAGCAUCCUUGCCAACAGGGAUUUAAGUGUGGAACCCAUUGCAGUACGGCCGCUGUGGAGACCGGCAGGAGGCCCAGAGGUGAGGGAUAGACCUAGCCCGUGAAAGGCUCAGCUUCACCCCAGCACCCAGAUACACAGUAAGUGAAGGUCUUGCGCCUGUUGGUAGCGUCAGCCCUGCCAGGCGGGACCAUCUUGGCUGUGGUGCGGUGCGCACUGUCCUGUAGUCUGGGGCCAGAACUUCAGGAGUGCCCUUGCCUGCUGCCCAGGGCACAGGGAUUCUGUGCUCCCACAGCCCCACCACCCUGUGCCCCAGCCUUGGAAACCCUUUUUGGCUCCGGUCCCUUAGAGUUACUGUCUGUCACCUCUCAUUUUAAAGAUACUCUAACCCCAUAGUGGCCCCAGCAGGGCAAGACCUGUCUCAAGCACCAUGACUGCAGGUUCCCCCUGCAGCUCAGCCUGGGUCCGUCCCCACCUCCGCCCCUUCCUCAGGAGGCUGAGCAGAUACAGCUGGGGACCGUUCUUGUGGUUGUCACUGUGGAAGGAAGCAGGAAGCAUCAGGAUAUAAAGUCACUGAAAUUAGUCCCUAGAUAUGUCCUGAAUUUAUGUAAAACAAUUACUUGAUCCAUUUAAGUGCAAAUGCAUAUUCAAAAGAA